AUGUCGCGCAUGGCGAACCUGGUAGUCUCCGCAACCCUCAACCCAACGAUGCACCGCACAACCCUCGACGUCCUCGAAGUCCAUGUCUGGUCGCCACUGCUUGCGAUAGCGGCCAUCGCCGAACUCAUCGGCAUCCUGUCGGGCUGGACGACCACCAAACGGGUUGAUGUCGGACCAGGAACUUAUGCCGUCUUCUGCUGGCGGAGCGCCCCACCAAAGCCUCGUCUGCCAAGCCCACCUCUGAAAUCCCCGCAACCUUCCUCGGCCCCUAGCCAUGUCGUCGCGUAUUUACUAUUCGAAUAA